GUCUGAUCAAAGCUUACACCGCUAGUAUUGCAAAACAUAUUAAUAAAACACGAAAUUUUCCACCCCAAAUGAAAGCAGUGAAUGCUUGAGUAGCAGAUUGUGAGGACCUCUGGGAAACAAGUGUAAGAGGUGUGAUUAUGGAUACUGAGAAGCUUCUUUUAAGAGUGAAGAAGGAUGUUCGCUCACUCCUAAUUUCCUCCAAGCAUGGCCUUUCUCCAGAACAGCUCAGGAAGGACUACCAGAACAUGCUGGGCCACCCCAUUCCUCUUAGGGCCCUUGGUUUUCGCUCUGUGCUGGACAUGGUUAAGGAAAUGUCUGAUGCCGUGUACUUGUACUUUAACCUCGAUGGUACUAUAGUGUUAAAAGCAAUUGGGAAUGAGACCACAAGAGGCAUUGAAGAGCUUGUCUCCAAGCAGCGGAACCACAAGCAUAAGCCCAAGCCGAAAAGUGGAGGCACAGGUCUGUUUUCAUCACAUUCCCAUCACCAGCACUCAUUUGUCUUAGCUCGUCGAGGCCACGCUCCCCCUGCACUCCAUGCUCAGCUGCGAUCACAGCUCAGGCAGGUACUUGCACAUGGGCCCGUAGGGCUCUCUGACCUGGAGAGGUGCUAUGCAAUCCACUUCGGAAAGCCUCUCAAUGUCAUGCACUAUGGUUUUUACUCCAUCGCUGAGAUGCUGGCUGCUGCCUCGGACAUGAUCACAGUAAAGCAGACCCGCAUGGGGUCACAGCUGAUACUAAAGACUGAAAUCACAACAGUGAAACAGAAGCUCAAUAGUACAGCUGCACUCCCUAAACAGUCUGCAGGAAUAUCCAGACUGUCCACUAGCUCAGUCCUGCAAGAAACAGCACUGUUCAGCAAUGUUCAGCCUGAAGACCAGCAGAAAUCCAAACAGACUUCAUCAGCCAGCAGAGUACAGGAAAUUGAACCUGCCACAAUUGAAAUGCAAGAAAAGUCUUUUGAAAAGUCUGUUGCAAAGCUUGAGGAACAGUUCAGGAAGAGAAUUCUUGAAAAUUCAGAAGCAGGCACGGUCAGUCAGGAACUAAAGGACAAGCUUCGAAAGGUUGUUGCUAAGCACACUCAAGGCAUAGCCAUUCACAAACUUCCUACAGAGUACAAGAAAAUGUAUGGUGAGGACUUGCCUGUGGCUCAAUGUGGCUUCCUGAGUAUCACUGAGAUGGUUGAAACGCUCAGCGACACAUUCUGUGUGCAGCCAAGCACUGAGGAUGGAGCAGAGGGAAUACACAUCAUGGUACUCAAACCACAUGUCCAACCAGCUGUGUCUAUGAACCCUUCGACAGAGGGACACUACUUCAGCUGCAGUGAGACGGCCUGGGAGUGUCAGGAUGAUAGAGGAGAGUCCAUGGAGUCUUUAGACUCCAACCCUGAGAUCAAAACCACCAACAAGAUCAUCCAUCAGACAGGGAACAUUUUCCCAGUGACUGUUCUGAGCCGGGGCUCUGUUAUUCCUCUAGAUGCACUGCUGUGCCAGAAGCUGAAGCCUCCCACUCGCAGGAGAUACAGGGAUCUGGUGCCUGUUGUGGUGGAGAGGAUUGAGUCACCCAGCCACUUUUACAUCCGAUCUGAUGAAGACCACCGCAUCCUUGAGAACAUGAUGUUUGAAAUGAGGAGCUGUUAUUUCUGCCCAGAGGUGGCUGAACGCUACCAGCUCCCAGAUGCGUAUGUGCGACCUGGACAGGUGUGCUGUGUGGCCCCAAGAGACAUGUGGUUCUACCGGGUGGUGAUCCACCGACUCCUCAGUGCCACAGAAGUAGAAGUGUACUACGCAGACUUUGGAGACCUUAGUGUUGUCAACAGAAACAAGCUGAAAUUUCUGAAGUCAUGUUAUGCUGACCUUCCAGCACAAGCUGUUCCAUCUAUACUUGUUGGAGUGAGGCCAGUUAAGACUUCUUGGUCUAAAGAAGCCACCAGCUUGUUCCAGAAGAUGUGCCAUGAACGCACCCUGGUGGCUGUCGUUCACAGCUACCGACGCGACUUCCUGCUGCUUUUCUUGUGUGACACUAACACUGAGGAGGACAUCUACAUCCAUAGCGCACUUCAGACUGAGGGUCAUGCCGUAGCCUGUGCCACCGAUAAUACACUGGUGUUAGAGCAGUUUAACCCUGUGACUCUUUACCUCGGUGACAGCCAACUGGAGGAAGUAAAGGAACAUUUCGCAGCAGUGACUUCUUCUAGUGUCACAAAUGGACAAAACCUUACACAUCUUCAGCCAAAUGCCUCCACAGUACUCAGUCAGCAUUUGACAGGUGCUCAAGAGAAUCAAAAGGGAGAAAUGGCUUUUCUGGAUCUUCCUGAGCUGGAAUUCAUUGAUGAGGAUCAGGGUGAAAAUUCUAUCCCAUUCGAGUCUCUGCUGAAAAAAGAUCCGGAAUGUUUUGUUAACUGGGAUGAGGGAUGGACAAACAUGGCCAGUGUAGAUGAGGAGUCAAAACGUCUUCAGAAUGGCAAAGGGGAGAGUGCAAAAACUGCAUUUCUGUCACCUGUUCCGUUUAUUAAACCGGACCUAGAAACUCAGGCUGUUUUGGAGAGUAAGCCCACUUUAAAGCCUGCAUUGUCCCUGCACACACUCCUUGAUCAAACUCCAGGCAUGAUCCCCAGCUGCAGAGACCACACAGAUAUGUGUGCUGAAUUGUUCCAGACCUCGCCGUCAAGCGCUCUGAUUUUUCCUAUGUUCAGCUCUGGAGACAGGCGGGCUCAGGAUUCUCUCUUUCUUCGCCAUACAUCCCCUCUCGCCCAGGGACCCUCAGCCCGCAUGGCAGCCGGACCCAGCCUUCCCUAUUGGUACAAAGAAAGAGGUUUAAACAAACUGGCUGCCUCUACUCAUGUCUGCAUACACUGACUGUAACCAGCUACAGAGCUGUGCUGAUGUCUUUCUGAAAAAUUUCAGUGUUUGUUUUAUGUUGAAUGUAGGUUCACUUUU